AAACACAUUUUCACAUUCCUUUCUUUCUUUUGUUUGUUGCAAAUUUCUUGUCAAAGUCUUUAUGUUUCUUUCAAAUUGAAGCCUUUCAUUACUUUUAUCUUUUUUUGAAAAACAAUUAAAAAUUAAAAAAAAACUCUCCCUCUCUCUCUCUCUCUCUCAAAACUAUAGGGUAUUGGGUUCCAUGUCUUGUAUCCUUGUUGUUAAAGAGAGAGAAAAAAGAGAGGGUUCCAUGUAUUUUGGCCUACUCAAAGAAAGCUCUAUAUUUCUUACAUAAACAAGAGAAAAGGAAGUGAAAAUCGAAGAGAGAGAAAAUGUUGCAGAGAGCUGCAAGCAAUGCUUAUUCAUGGUGGUGGGCAAGCCAUAUCAGAACAAAACAAUCAAAAUGGCUGGAGCAAAAUCUUCAAGAUAUGGAAGAGAAAGUACAAACUGUGCUCAAACUUAUCGAGGAGGAUGGAGAUUCCUUUGCCAGGAGAGCAGAAAUGUACUACAAAAAGAGGCCAGAGCUUAUACAUUUUGUGGAAGAAUCUUAUCGAGCAUACCGAGCCUUAGCAGAACGUUAUGAUCACAUAUCAACAGAGCUACAGAAUGCCAACAAUACUAUUGCUUCUGUUUUCCCAGAACAAGUCCAAUUUGAAAUGGAUGAUGAUGAUGAUGAGAUGCCUAGAUUCCCAAGGAAGGUUAUGGACCCUUCAAAAGGAAAUAUCCCAAAAGUUCCAAAGGCUCCAAAAGAUUUGAAGCGUAUCUUUAGCUCAGCAACAAAGAAAAUGCAAGCUAAGAAGCCAAUGGAAAAAACAAAUAAUUCUAGUGUUGCAAAAUCUGGUUUGAGCAAGUCUGAGGGACUUAAAGAGAUUGGCCGGAUUCAAAAAGAAAUUUUGUCAUUACAAACUGAGAAAGAGUUUGUUAAGAGUUCUUAUGAGAGCGGGCUAAAAAAGUAUUGGGAUAUUGAGCAGACAAUCACCAGUAAGCAGGAGAAGGUUUGUAGUUUGCAAGAUGAAUUUGGUGCAGGUACAGUCAUUGAAGAUGACGAGGCUCGGACAUUGAUGGCAUCAACUGCCUUAAAAUCAUGCCAGGAUACAUUAGCUCAGUUGCAAAAGAAACAAGAGAAAUCUGCAGAAGAAGCAAAUGCUGAGCGCGAAAGGAUAAAUGAUGCCCGAGAGAAGUUGAAAUCUCUCAAGGAUGAGUUUAUGCAUGGUGAGAUCAAUCAAGAAAAACCAGUAGCCAACAAUAAAUCAAGAAUAACAGUUGAAGGGCAGAAGUCGGACAAAGAAUCUAACAGUAGUAACAUGAAAGAGAAACAUGAUUUGGAGAAGUUACGUGAAAAAAUUAGAGGACAACUUGAAGUUGGAUCAAAUGAAUCUCUCACUGUGACAGAACUUGCAGAAAAGAUUGAUGAGAUUGUGAACACUGUGAUUAGCUUAGAAGCUGCAGUUUCAUCUCAAACAGCUCUUAUACUGAGAUUGAGAACUGAAACUGAUGAACUUCAAACACAAAUUGGAAUCUUGGAGGAUGAUAAGGCAACGCUGACUAGUGGGAAAAAUGAUUUGACAGAGAAGCUGAGAGAUAUGGAGGAAAAGUUGCUUGGACUCCAGGAACUGGACCAAAAUGUUGAAGACGAGAGUACCAAUCUUCAAAUACAUUUUACUGAAGCACAUUGUAACCUUGAUACGCUUUCGGAGAAAAUGCAUAAUGUGAAGCCAGAUGAGGAGCUUGAGGCCACAAAGCAAACAGGAAACGGAUAUGUAAUUGAAGUUGAAUCACGUCAGAAGAAGUCCAAUACUAAGAGGUCAAAAGAGAAGCAGAAGGGUUUAGGUAAAGCACAUGAAGGAGUCAGAAGAAAGCCUAAUAGCAAUUCUAAUGUAUUACAGAAGGUGAAGCAGCAUGAGGCACUACAGGUUUCAAGCUCUUUGCCAAUAGAGAAACCUGCUAAAGUCGAUUCAGAGGCUGAGUUGAAAGCAAAGGGAGGAAAACUUAAUAGUGAAGCAUUGAAGGUUUUGGGCACUUCACAGAAAGAGAAGGAAGUUUGUGCUGAAGUCAAUUCUCAGGCAGAGUUGAAAGCACAAGGAGAAAAACUUAAUAGUGAAGCAAUGAAGGUUUCGGGCACUUCACAGAAAGAGAAGGAAGUUUCUGCUGAAGUCAAUUCUCAGGCAGAUCUGAAAGCACUAGGAGAAAAACUUAAUAGUGAAGUAAUGAAGGUUUCGGGCACUUCACAGAAAGAGAAGGAAGUUUCUGCAGAAGUCAAUUCUCAGGCAGAGUUGAAAGCACAAGGAGAAAAACUCAAUAGUGAAGCAAUGAAGGUUUCGAGCACUUCACAGAAAGAGAAGGAAGUUUCUGCUGAUGUCAAUUCUCAGGCAGAGUUGAAGGCACAAAAAGAAAAACUCAAUAGUGAAGCAAUGAAGGUUUCAAGCACUUCACCGAAAGAGAAGGAAGUUUCUGCUGAAGUCAAUUCUCAGGCAGAGUUACAAGCACAAGGAGAAAAACUUAAUAGUGAAGCAAUGAAGGUUUCGGGCACUUCACAGAAAGAGAAGGAAAUUUCUGCGGAAGUCAAUUCUCAGGCAGAGUUGAAAGCGCAAGGAGAAAAACUUAAUAGUGAAGCAAUGAAGGUUUCGGGCACCUCACAGAAAGAGAAGGAAGUUUCUGCUGAAGUCAAUUCUCAGGCAGAGUUGAAAGCACAAGGAGAAAAGAAAGAAAAGGAAAUUUCUGCUGAAGUCGGUUCACAGGCAGAGCCAAAAACACUAGGAGAAAAACUUGAUAGCGAAGCACUGAAGGUUUUGUGCCCUUCUCAGAAUGAGAACAAAAUUUCUGCUGAAGUCUAUACCCAGGCAGAGCUGAAACAACAAGAAGAGAAAAUUAAUUUGGAGGAGCUCAAAGUUUCAGACUCUUCAAAGAAAGAGGAGGAAAUUUCCACUGAAGUCAAUUUGCAGACAGAGUUGACACAACAAGAAGGAAAAAUUAAUAUGGAUGAUCUCAAAGUUUCAGAAUCUUCAAAGAAAGAGGAGGAAGUUUCCACUGAAGUCAAUUCACGGGAAAAGUUGGAAAAACAAGGAAAAGAUAUUAACAUUGAGGAGCAAAAAGUUUCAGUCUCUUCACAGACAAAGGGGGAAUAUUCUGCUGAAAUCAAUUUGCAGGCAGACUUGAAGAAGCAAGAAGAACUCAACACUGAGAAGCAUAAAGUUUCAGACCCUUUAACGAAAGAGAAGGCAUUUUCUGCUGAAGUCAAUUUGCACGGAGAGUUGGAAAAACAAGAUGAAAAACUAAACACUGAGAAUCUCAAUGUUUCAGGUAGAUCCCAUGAAGAAUCUAGCAGACAAGAGAGUACAAGAGACCCUGAUGCCAGUCUUGACAAGCAACAACAUGUGAAGCCAUAUGAGGAAAUACAGGUCUCAGGAUUUUCAAAGAAAGGAAAGGCUAAAGAUCUGAAGAACAGACACAAAGAGAAAAAAAAACUCGACCCCAGCACCACUAAUAGAAAUGACAGAGAAAAUGUGAAUCUAUUGAAGACAAAAAAUGAUCUAGAUACUCAUCUAGAGAAAUCAGGUGACAUAAAAUUGGAGGAAAAUGUUGACAAGCAAGCUUCAACCAAGGAUGCGGACGAUGUCCUUCCAGUUGAAGAACAAGAGCAGGCAAGACAGCAAGAAGAUGAACCGGACUGGAAGCAGUUGUUCACGAAUGGAAUGGCAAAUAGAGAAAUAACUUUAUUAACUGAAUAUACUACAGUUCUUCGGAAUUAUAAGGAGGUCAAGAAGAAGCUCAAUGAGGCAGAAAAUAGAAAUAAAAAUGAGGAUGGUCUCUUUGAUACAAUGGUCCAAUUAAGAGAACUGCAGAAUGCUAUUGCAAAGAGGGAUGAACAGAUUAAACUCUUACGUGAGAAGCUGAACCUUCUCCAAAUGGGCUUAGGUGACGACAAUGAACCAGACCAAUCAUCCUUGACUGAUUCCCCACAUACAGAGAUAGAAGUAAUAUAUGAUGUCAGAAUGAUGAUGAUGAUGGAAGAGCCAGAGAUCUCAGCGAUUGAAAAGAAAUUCAGGAUGAGCAUUGAUGAACUACUAGAGGAAAAUUUGGAUUUCUGGUUGAGGUUCAGUUCUAACUUCGGUCAAAUCCAGAAAUUUCAAACUGAAAUCAAAGAUUUACAGUCUGAGCUGUUAAAACUACAGGAAAAACAAAAGAAGCUAGAUGGUAGCACUAGUGCAAAAUAUUGUUUGAAAUCAGAUGCAAAGCCAUUAUACAAGCACCUUCGAGAGAUUCAUACUGAAUUAUCAGUCUGGCUAGAAAAAAGUGUGCAACUGAAAGAUGAAUUGAAAAGCAGAUUCUCAUCUUUAUGUGACAUCCAAGAAGAAAUAACAGCUGCUUUGAAUGAGAGUGCUGAAGACGAUGACUUCAAGUUCACAAGCUACCAAGCUGCAAAAUUCCAAGGUGAGGUUUUGAACAUGAAACAAGAAAACCACAAGGUUGCUGAUGAGUUGCAGGCUGGCUUGGACCAUGUUACAACACUCCAGUUAGAAGUUGAGAGAACUUUGGGAAAGUUGAAUGAUGAGUUCAAGCUUGGUGGAUCAAAGAACUCUACAACUACUAUCCAGCUCGAUCAUUCGGACAGCCGAGGUCGAGUUCCUUUGAGGUCAUUUAUCUUCGGUGUCAAACCAAAAAAGCAAAAGCAUUCAAUCUUCUCCUGCGUCCACCCUGUACUGCAGAGGAAAUACAAUGGUUUGAAAUCAGGGGUUAAUGUGUAAAUGGAUUCUGUGUGUGGUUUACUACAUUAGUAAUUUUGUUUUCAUGAAUUUUUUCUCACUGUCUUUUUCUAUUUUUAUUUUUAAGAAGCGGAAGCUUUACCUUCAUUUUUACAGGGCUUGUUUUCUGUAAUGUAGAUGUUCAUAGUUAAUGAAUACAACAGGAAUAUUUCAGCAUAUUCAAA